GGUUCCAAAGCAUCUCUGAGCCCGCCGAUUAGAAACCAUGAGCAAAGCUCGCCCUCCUGAGCUAAAAAAAUUUAUGGGCAAGAAGCUAUCAUUGAAAUUAAAUGGUGGACAUGUCCAAGUAAUAUUGCGGGGAUUUGAUCCAUUUAUGAAUCUGGUGAUAGAUGAAUGUGUGGAGAUGGCUACUAGUGGGCAACAGAACAAUAUUGGAAUGGUGGUUAUACGAGGAAAUAGUAUCAUCAUGUUAGAAGCCUUGGAACGAGUUUAAUAAUGACGGCUCAUCAGAGAAAUCUGCAUCUCUUCUCCAAAGGGACUUCU